UGCAUGUGGAGUAGUAUAGGGUCGAUCUCGUUGACAUCAAUUUUUCCGUUUCAGGAAAAGCGUAUGGUGGUGUUCAUCGAAGGAGCGGUGAUGGAGGACCACAGUCUGGACCACUUCAAGCCGUUCGCUCAAAUCAAAGACAAGCUGAUGACAUUCCGAGACAGCAAAGACGAUCUCACCGACAAGAUCGACUUCAUCAUCUGUCUAGGUGGAGAUGGCACUUUGCUGUACGCCAGUCAGUUGUUCCAGCAAUCGGUACCACCGGUCAUGGCAUUCCAUUUGGGAUCGUUGGGGUUCCUCACGCCGUUUAGGUUCGAUAAUUUCCAGGAGCAGGUUAAUAAUGUGCUUGAAGGACAUGCAGCGUUGACGUUACGGAGCCGUUUGCGUUGUAUUGUUAUGAAGAAAAUGGACCAGAAUACUUCUAGUGAUAAAUCAAAUGUACCCAAAGUGCCAACGAAUCUUCUGGUUUUGAACGAAGUGGUUGUUGAUAGGGGUCCUUCACCUUAUUUAUCAAAUAUAGAUCUGUUCCUGGACGGCAAGUUAUAACGUCGGUUCAAGGGGAUGGGUUGAUCGUCAGUACCCCGACCGGAAGUACUGCAUACGCUGUUGCUGCAGGUGCUUCAAUGAUUCAUCCAAGCGUUCCCGCAAUCAUGGUCACUCCCAUUUGUCCGCAUUCGUUGAGUUUCAGGCCGAUCGUCGUACCAG